AUGGGCCAACUUGGAGUUGUGCUGGAAAGUGGCUCUGUACCUCAACGGAACCUAUCGCAGAUGAAAACCACCGGCCAUGUCAUCUUCAUUACUGCGAUGGCUGUCAUUGGUGGCUUUCUUUUCGGCUAUGACUGCGGAGUCGUGUCAGGGGCAAUGCUGAUCAUCAAGACCCAGUUCAAAUUGAAUGAUCAAUGGCAGGAGUUGAUCGUCUCUUCAACCGUCAUCGCCGCUGCCGUUUUCGCCGCUCUCGGUGGCUAUCUGAAUGACAAAUUUGGCAGGAAGAAGACCAUACUUCUUUCCAGCAUCAUGUUCGCAAUUGGAGCAGCCGUCAUGGGGUUAGCCAACUCAAAAGAAAUGCUGCUGGUUGGGCGAAUCAUUGUCGGUGCAGGAGCAGGAACUUCUUCCUGUGUCAUUCCCGCUUACAUUGCUGAAGUGACUCCACCCACGACGCGAGGACGUAUGUUAGUCACUUUCCAGCUAAUGAUAACCCUUGGCUUCUGGGUAGCUAGUCUGUCAAAUGCCGCAUUUAGUUAUAUUAAAGACGAUGAUCUCAACUGGAGACUGAUGCUUGGCGUCGCCGGAGUACCGCCGCUUUUUCAGCUUCUGGGAUUUUCUUGGUUGCCUGAAAGUCCACGCUGGCUGGCCCUUCACAGCUAUAAGGAAAAAGCUGAAGCUGUUUUAGCAGAUAUUUACGGAGGAGACGAAGACGCAAAGAGAUGGGCUCAAGCAGAUGUUCAGCAAAUGAUCAAAGACCAGGAAAAGACACAGUCAGAAAUCGAAGCGAAAGGUGGUUCAAGCAUCCUUUCCACAAUGAUCAAAACACACUCAACUCGAAAGGCGUUAGUCAUUGGAUGCAUGCUGCAGAUGUUUCAACAACUUUGCGGGAUCAACACCGUCAUGUACUACAGUGCAUCGAUUAUCCAGUCCGGGGGCAUUCGCAGCAGAACGAUGAGCAUUUGGAUGACGUCGGUCACGUCUGGUGUUAACUUCUUUUGCACGUUUAUCGGCAUCUACCUGAUCGAACGCUUAGGACGUCGUCGACUUAUCCUGUACAGCACUAUUGGUAUGUUUCAGUACUCAUAAAU